CGACGAUGACGAGCUUGUCAGCGACAAUGCAGCGUCCGACGACAGCGAGGACGCUGGGCCGAGCACGCGGCGCACCAGCAGGCGCGGAGCCAAUGCACGCAAUGGCGCAAGCAGCCGGCGUCCCCGCCGCAGCGCGGCCAGCACAAGUCGCAUUGUCGUCGACGAUGGCGACGACUCUGACGACUCGCUAGAGCUCCCUUCGCCGGACGCUGACAGCGACACGGCCUUCCGCCCGUCGAAGCGGGCGCCAAAAGCGCGGCGCCGCCCAGGUCGCCCGGCCGGUCGCCCGGCGCGCAAGCAGCGCACGCCGUCGCCGCCCAUGAGCGACGACGAGUACAUCUACAGCUACUGGGGCUCCGGGCCGGCCCUCGCGGAGAAGACGCGCGUCCGCGACGUCAUGCGCACGCCGGCGAGGCAGAGCAACAUCGACGUCGACGUUGAGCCGCUCGCGGACCGCAGCGCAUUCGGCGCCUUGAUCGAGGACGUUCCCGCCGAGCCCGCCGUGCUCGUCGACGACUCGUCGGACAACUACGCCUCGAGCCAGAGCGACGAGGAGGUCGACGAGCUGCUCGGCGACUCCGACGACGCGCGCAAGUCGCGCUCGCGCCGGCACCAGCGCGUGCUCAGCAGCGACGACGACGCCACGAGUUCUUCGUCGUCUGCGAGCGACAGCGCCGACUCGUUCCAGGGCCCCGCAAGCGUGGGCUCAGGCGACGAGGUCGUCGAUGCGGAGAAGCCCAUUCUCGACCGGCACUGGGAGAUGUGCCACAAGUGUCUCGACUCGCCGGGCUGGCAGCAGAUGCACGCGCUGAUGUCGAUGCGCGGCAAGCUGCGCAAGCAGAAUCGCAAGUCGAAGGGCCGUCUGAAGCACGCACGCACGCUCGGAGGCCGCGUCAAGCGCGUGCUCGGACAGUACGACGAGACGGAGGCGAUCGACGGCACGCUGGAGGACCGCGUGGAGCUGCUCCGCGACCAGAUCGUCGACCUCGGCGGCUGGCUCGAGUGCUGCACGUGCUCGGCAAGCUUCCACUGGGGCUGCCUGCCCUCGAGCCGCCAGAAGGGCAUUCUCCGCGAGCUCAACGAGAUUCACGAAGCGAUCCAGCAGAACACGCGCCCUGACGAGCCCUACGUCGAGCGCGUCGCGGUCGCGUGGAACGAGUCACUCAACUUUGUCGAGUGCGGCGACUGCAAUGCGCCGCAGCACUACCGCUGCAUGCUGUGCCACGGCGACCAGCCGCGCGGCACGUCGGCGCAGACGGACAGGCUCUUCCGCUGCAUUCGCUGUCGCCGUGGCGCCCACUACGAGUGCUGUCGCCAGCUUGAGGGAGAUACUAGCGUGGAGGCUACGGCGGCGAAGAGACAGGGCGCCAAGUGGCGCUGCGUUGACUGCGAGGGCUGGGGCGAGAUCGAGUCGGUGCUGGCCUGGCGUCCGUCGCCCGAUGCGCACAAGCAUCCGGAGCUCGAGCCCAAGGCGGGAGAGGAGAUGCCGGCCUUCUCGCCGAAGGACGACCUCAAGCGCGAGUACCUCGUCAAGUUCGAGGGCGUGUCCUUCCGCGAGACGCAGUGGGUGCCGCACGCCUGGCUGAGCGUCGUCGCUGCCCAGGCGCUGCUCCGCUUCCUGCAGAACGGCUCGCGCGUCGAGCUGGACGACACCGUCGCCGUCGAUGCAGGCCGCGUGCCGCAGAAGGCGCGUGUGCAGAAGGCAGGCGUGGCCGGCUCGCUGAGCAAGGAGCGCGCUGCCGUCGUGCUCGCUGCGCCCAAGCGUCGCAGCCGUCGCCGCAAUCGUGCCGUGGAGGUGCAGGCUGAAGAGACGACCGAGGUGGUCAUCGAGCGCCAGGGCCCACCUCGCGCCGCGCCCGAUGCCCAGGAGCGCAUCCCGCUGCCGUGGCGCACGCCUGACCGCGUCCUCGACGUCUUCUUCCGCGUCGACAUCCUCGGCGCAGCUGGACGCAUCGCAGCGCGCAACAAGGAGCCGCCGAACCCCUACCGCCGUCCGCGCGCGAAGCAGCACGCCGAGAACCGACAGCGCUUCAAGGAGGACCCAAACUUGCUGCACAUCGACGAGGUCGACGAGGCGCUGCUCGACGACGAGAACGCCGGCGAGUCGCUGCCGUACGUCGCCAAGCUCUUCGUCAAGUGGGAAGACGUGCCGUACGAAUUCAGCACGUGGGAGAACGGGCCGGAUGAGGAGGAGCAGGCCGACAUCUUCGACGAGUACCUCGCGGCCUUCAAGCGCUAUCUCUCGUCGCGCAAGGUCAACGUGCCGCUACUCACGCAGGAGGAGAUGCAGGACCUCGACGACCGCCGCCGCAUGCGCUUCACGGCGCUGCGCAGCCAGCCGAACUACGUGCGCGAGGGCCAGCUGCUCGACUUCCAGCUCGAGGGCUUGAACUGGCUGCGCUUCAACUGGUUCAAUCACCAGCCGGGCAUCCUCGCCGACGAGAUGGGUCUCGGCAAGACGAUCCAGAUGAUCGCGUUCCUCGGAUCGCUGCAGCGCGAGCACAACGUCGCUCCCUUCCUCGUCGUCGUGCCGAACUCGACGAUGGGCAACUGGGUGCGGGAGUUCGAGUCAUGGCUGCCGUCGCUGCAUGUGGUGCCGUACUUCGGCUCGGCCGACUCGCGCGACGUCAUCGAGCAGUACGAGCUCUACCACGAGGUCAAGCUGGACGGCCGGCAGCGCCUCAAGUGCCACGUGCUCCUCAUCUCGGACACGGCCGUACGCCAGAACCCCGGCAUCCUGCGCCGCGUGCCGCGCUGGGAAGUGAUGGUCGUCGACGAGGGCCAAAGCCUCAAGGGCGGCGAGAGCAACCUGCUGUUCCGCCGCCUCAGUGAGGUGCCUGCGGCGCACCGCCUCAUCAUGACGGGCACGCCGCUGAACAACAACAUCGGCGAGCUCUUCAACCUGCUCAAGUGGCUCGACCCCGGCGGCGAGUGGGACGACGUCGAGGCGCUGAAGAAGAAGUACGAGGUGCUCACGCCCGAGCUCAUCGAGUCGCUGCAGCCGCGCCUCAAGCCCUUCUUCCUGCGCCGCCUCAAGGCCGACGUCGUCAACCUGCCGCCAAAGACGGAGCUCAUCGUGCCCGUCUCGCUGCGUCCGGUGCAGAAGCGGCUGUACAAGAGCGUGCUCGAGAGCAACAUCGAGGACAUCCAGGCGCUCACCGACGAGGUGCGCAGCAAGCAGCGCAAGAAGAAGGCCAUCACCAACAUGAACAACAUCUUGAUGCAGCUGCGCAAGUGCAUCCAGCACCCGUACCUCGUCGCGCCGAACCUCGAGAUCCGCGAGACGGACCGCAACUACGUCGCCGAGGAGGAGCUGGCGCGCUUCGUCGAUGCGAGCGGCAAGCUCAUGCUGCUGAAGCGCCUGCUGCCGAAGCUCAAGGAGCGCGGCCACCGCGUGCUGCUGUUCUCGCAGUUCGUCAUCAACCUCGAUCUCGUCGAGGAUCUGCUCGACUCGGAGGGCUACAAGUACCUGCGUCUCGACGGCUCGCUCGGCAACAAGCAGCGGCAGAAGGGCAUCGACGCCUUCAACGCGCCGAACAGCGACUUCUUCAUCUACAUCCUCUCUACGCGUGCCGGCGGUGUCGGCAUCAAUCUCGCCACCGCCGACACGGUCAUCGUCUUCGACCCCGACUUCAACCCGCACGCCGACAUGCAGGCCAUCGCACGCGCGCACCGCAUUGGACAGGUCAAGCACGUCCUCGUCUUCACGCUCGUCGGCCGCAACACGGCCGAGGAGCGCAUCGUCGAGGCGGCCCGCCGGAAGAUGGUCCUCGACCAUCUGAUCGUCCAGAACCUCGACAACGAGGACUCGCGGCCGGACAUGCUGGAGAACAUCAUCAAGCACGGCGCGCAGGCGCUCUUCGCCGAGGGCGGCGUCGAGGAGACGGAGCAGGACAUCCGCUACACGGACGAGGACCUCGACACGCUGAUCGAGCGUGCCGAGACCGAGGAGCAGGUCGAGGCGCGCCCCGAGGGCGAGGGCGUGACGACGGACUUCUCGUUUGCACGCGUGUGGGAGCUCGACAAGGCCUCGGACAGCGCCGACAUGGGCAUGACGGACAUCGCCGACCAGAGCUUCUGGCACGACCUGCUCGAGACGAGUCGCGAGACGGAGCGCCUGCGCCGCGAGCGCCAGGAGAAGGAGGAGCUCGAGCGCGGCUCGCGCCGCCGCAUCAAGGUGCAGCCCGGCUUCUACGCAUCGACGCUGCGCGGCCAGGCGGACGACUCCGAUUACGACAACGUCAGCGAUGCAGACUUCGUCGCCGACUCGCAGGCGCGCAGCCGCAGCAACAGCGACUCGGAGAUGGCUGGUCCGGCGGCAGUGGCAGAGGACGCUGCUGCGCUGGCGGCUGCCGACAAGGCGAAAGCGCAAAGACGUCGGCCCAAGCCCAAGCCCGUUGCCGUCGCAUCGGCUGGCGGAGCAGCGCCGCCUGCGGCCGCAGGAGCAGCGCCGCCUGCGGCCACCGGAGCAGCGCCGCCUGCGGCCACCGCUGCAGCUCCGGCCCAGGCCGCUGGCGACGCUGCAGUCGCUGUUCCGCAGAAGCGCGGACGAGGACGCCCGCGCAAGCACCCGCUGCCAGAAGGCGCGGCCGGCGGUGCAGCCAGGCCGGCGGCGCCGACUCCUCCCGUCGUGCCCGAGCCCAGCGGAGAGGAGCCGCCGACGAAGGACGAGGCGCAGUUCGUGCUCGAGCAGCUGCCUCGGCCCAUCGUGUCGGAGAUCCUGGAGCGGCGUGCGCGCAAGGUCGCCGUCAUGCCUCUUCAGGCGCCCGACACGCGCCCGCAGCUCACGCCCGUGCAUGCUUCGUACUUCGCGCAGUCGCUGGGCUUCCCGUACAUCGUCUUCCGCUUCGCCUUCUCGUUCGUGGGCUCGCACCAGCUGCCCGCCAACGUGCGCGGGCUGCCGAACGACGGCGCGGCGUUCCUCGACGCCAACGUCGUGCGCGAGCACCUCAUCCGCGCCUCGCACGCGAUCUACCAGAUCUGGUGCAACGACGAGGAGCUGCCUCGGCCGCGCCUGCUGACGGCCAAGGAGGCAAAGCAGCUGCUGAAGACGAUCAACACGCUGCACAUGCACAAUCUCACCGAGGCUGUGCCACUCAUCGUCGCCGACGACGUGACCGCGCCGCAGCAGCACACGAUGAUCUCGGCCAUCCGAGAGAGCGUCGUCAAGGAGCUCGCCCGACGUCAAGAGCUGCUGCGCAGCAACGAGACGCCCAUGGUCGCUGCCGCCGAGCGCAAAGCCCUCGCUGCUGCACAGAUGCUCUCUGAGCUGCUCGUCAACAUCAGCGGCGCAAUCCCGCAGGCACCGAAAGCGCCGGUGCCUCGGCGCCCGAGAGCGUCGCAGGCCGAGAUGGCCGAACGGCGCGCGGCUCAAGCCGCCAAGACGGCGCCGCCGGUCAACCCUCUCGCGGUCGCCACAACGGCGAUGACUCUGGCGCAGGCGCAGAUGCUGCGCCAGGCCACCGGCCGGCCUCAGAGCCCCGCCGCUCGGCAGGCGCGGC